AUGGCUCUAGCCACUCGUGUAAGGUUAUGUCAGCAGGUAAUCCUCUCCUGCUCUCACGUCUUCACAGACAAGACGGUCUUCCCGAUCACCGUCGAGGUCUCCAAUUCAUACUCAAUCUGGCUGCCUCCCAGAAGACAGACCGGUGCCACAGCUGGUCGCCAUAGCAACUAUCAGACACGACUCAUCCACGAUGGGCGGAGUCACCAUCGAGUCAAGUCAGCCAUCAAGAUUCAGUGUUGGUGGAGAGGGGUGCUGGUGAGGAGAUGGUACAGGGAGGCGAGAGGGAGAUGCAGGAGAGUCGACGUGUCCCUACUUUACAGACCCACCUGCCCUGCGCUCCAGGUGGAGUCUUGUGCCCAGAGUAGCUCUGCUGCAGAGGGAGUGUUGGCUGCGGCCGAUUCAGCUCUAGCCACAGCCAGAGCCGCCAUGAGGACAUUGGACUGCCAUGCAGCUCUCUCCUCCAUUGACUGGUCCUCUCUCCAGAUAAAAGCCAGAGAAACUGCGUCAACUUCUGAAUGUCCAAUCUGCAUUGCUCCUCUCCUCCCUCCCCAAGCCACGCCCACUGGCCACGCCCACAGAGAUCGUCGUCGUCCGAUAAGCCUCCUGUCGUGUGGUCACAUGCUCCACCAGACUUGUGUCUCUUCUCUGGAGAGGUUCUGCACUACUGAUGGAGAGCUCUCCCUCUGCCCACUCUGUAGAGCUCCCUAUCUCAGACAAACUCUAAAUUUUAUACAGUAG